UAGAUUCUGCGAAGCACGGCUCUUGCUAGGAUUCGUGUUAGCAACGUCGUCAGAUUUGAGCCCCGUGAGCUUACCUAUUAACUAAGGUUACGCUGAAAUAGCCUCUCAAGGCUAUCAGCUUAGGUAGGAAAAAAAAAUAUAUAGCCUUUCGUUUCAUACUUCAGUGCUUUCGUUAUAUGUACUUCUGUCAGAAAUGUCAUUUGUCAGAAAUUAAGACAAAAAAAUGGCCGAGGAAGACGAAAUCGAUAUUUUAGGGGAUUUUUCAUUCAAUUCAUGCUUUGCACAAAAUAACCAAGGAAUUCCUUCUUGCUCCAGCAGAGAGGACACGGUACAUCCUCAAUGGUUGUUAGACUCCACAGAAACGAAUUGGUAUGAUAAAAAUAAAGAUAAAAACAUCAAAGAUGGACCAUAUCGAAAACUACUUGGAAAUAGUUCGUCUAGAAAGUACAACAAUAACACCCAUACAGAAUGGAGUAAAAAUGAAAGACAGAUACUUGUUAUGGAAAUGGCUAAGUUUGGUAGAAAUAUUAAAAAGAUAUCACAGACAUUAAAAACAAAAACUGAAGCAGAAAUACAAGCAAUGAUUGAGGCUGAAUUUGGUGUAAUGUUAGAGUCAUCUUUGCCAGGGCUGGAAAAAAAUGAAGAGCAGUAUGACAUGCCUACAGUUGCCCAAGAAGAAAUAGUCACAGCAGAGUUAAACACGCGUAGUGCUAGUGCUGAUAAAACAAAACAAAAUAAAAAUAAAAAUUAUCGAAAAAAAUACCCUAAAUCAAAGAACAUAAUACUAAAACCCAACCUCACAAAUGAAAUGAAACCUGGUAUAGAAUCAUCGGAAAUAAUUUAUGAAGAUGAUUUAAUUGUUGGCUCAACUGAAUCAAUUGGUUCUGAUCUGGAAUUGACAGACAUAGUUUCUAAGAAUGUGGCUAAACACCAAGCGAAAGGUAAAGUGGAGAGAAAAAUUGGAAAUCACAGAAGGAAAGUGUCAAGGAAUUAUGAUAAAAAGCCCAGAAACAAAAGUAAAGAGUUAAAAUCUCCACAGGGCAGACAGAGGAAGAACUCUAGCUUGUCUGACGAUAGUGUUAAAAGUCCUAAAAUGCAGUUAUUGUUGGGUUCUGGACAAGCUUUGCCGAUUUCUGAAGGAGAACAAGUGAUAAAAAUAGAGAAGAAGAAAGACUCUGAGCCAGAAAGUGAUAUAGACAUUGAUGUAGAUAGCGACAGUGAAGCAAAACAGAAAAAACCAAAGACCAUAACUAAAGACGAUGAUGCGCCGAUAGUUGUACCUCUAGAGAACUUUGAACCGAUGCCCAGAAGACAGAAGAAAAUAAAUUUGGGCGGGGGUGGUGGGUACACAAUAAUGCACACGGAGGCCGGGGACCUGUACCGGGUACAGGCGGAGCCGCGCAGGGAGCGCGCGCCGCGCCGCCCGCCCAUACACCUCAUGCAGUGCCGCGUCUACAGCGCCGAGAGGCCGGCGCCGUUCGAGGUCGAGCUACACGUGUCUGCGCUGCUGGCCAUGGACGCGCACGCGCACUCGUCGCGCGCCGAGGUCAUGGGGCUGGUGGGCGGACACGUGCGGGGCCGCGUGCUCGCCGUCACCGCCUACCGACCCACCGCCGCCGCCGCCGGCGCCACGCACUGCGAGAUGGACCCAGUGUCGCAGGUGAUGGCGGCGGAGAGCCUGUGCGCGGCGGGCGCGGCGGCGUGCGGCUGGCACCACUCGCACCCCGCCAGCGCUGCGCGGCCCUCCGCCCGCGACCUGCGCACGCAGCGCGCCCUGCAGCGGGCCCUGCGCCGCCCCUUCCUCGCGCUCAUCACCUCCCCGCACUGGCCCCCGGGCCGCACCGCCUCGCACUACAGAUGUAUCCGCGUUGAAGACGACGCGCCCUCGGACGCCGACGCGGAUCUCCCCGCCGGGUACCAGUUCAGCGUCAGCCUUGUGCCCGAUCUCAACCUCAACAACUUGGACUCAUUCCUCGCCGAACUGAGCGCCAUACGCGCGGAAGAGAAGACGGACAUGUCAGUGGACAUGGCAUGCGACGUGUGCCCGCAUGCUCGGAUGCCUAUCUUAGAUAAGUUGAUAUCGAGCGUGUCCCACCAUGUGCGCGCGGCCGGCUACCGACACGACGACCCGCUCGUGCCGCUGUUGCUGCACGGCAUCAGGGACGUGUUCAGGUAGCGCGACCACUCAACGUCUGCACCCGGACUAUUAGUUGUGUCAUUCCCGACCCUAUUGACAGAGCAUAAGACUCAUUUCACCUUGAAACGCCUGGACGCGCGGCAAGUAAAUGGUGCUUGAUAACUGGACCAGCUGUCAAAACCUCCGAGCUGGAGUGUCUUUAUGUGCUCUUGUGAAGUAGUGAUCCCAAAAGUUGUUAGACAGUGUGUUCACAUGUAAAAUUUCCAGUACACUGAAUAAAGGGUAAUCGCUCUGGAAGCUGAAUCGAUAAUAAUCGGAGUAUCGAUUUGUGUUAGCUUAAAUUGAUUCAGUUUAUUUUUUUUAAGCUUUAAGAUUAGUUAUUAAAAAGAAUAAAGUUUUGUAAUAAAACGUUGCAAUAGGUUGAGUGUAAAUAAUUUGUGUGUAAUAUAUAUAAUAUGUGCAGUAUCUUGUAAAUAAUUUUAAGCUUUAAAAGAUGUUGAUUGGCGGCUACAAUCUCUCCUGUUUGUUCUCAGUCGAUAAAUAAAAUAGAACACGAAACUAAUCGGCUGAACUUGAAAACUAAAUAUCGAUCAAUGUUUCGAUUAACAUGUUCGUUUUUACGUUGAUGUGAGGCAGCGUUUGAUACCGACUUUUUAAAAAUAUGUAUUUAAAUAUUAACAAAUCCUUUAAAAUCGUUUUACGAUUACAUAAAUAAAUAAACCAUACAUUCCUUAUUCCUUCCGUACAUAAAAAAAUCACUAUAUUCGUAAGGAGUUCAAAGUUUUCCUAAAAAAAAAAUUAUAUUAUUUAUAUUUAUUUACUCUUCAACAAAAAUAAAUAUUGAGCUCUUAAGGAAAGAUAAGGAAGUAAAGAUUAAAAACACAGUUUUAAUUUUAAAUAUAUAAAGUAUGUAAAAGUUAGUUUAUGGUAGCGGACAAUAAAUAUUUGUAUUGAAACACAAUCGGUCCGGUGUCUGUGAGGACGGCGCCCUAGCGGACUUGAGCAACAGAGACAGAGACAACGCUAUGCGAAGCCGAAAUUAGUCGAGUGUCUCUUUCCAACAGUCAAUGUGCAAUAUUAAUCGCCCAGACUGUAGUUUCAUUAGGACUUCUUAUGACCUCUUCGUCAUCCUCUAAAGAUGCUUGUGAAUAGACAAAUUCAUCCAUUUCAAUAAAUAUUUGUUUCAAUAUUAACUUGGUGGUGUAGCGGUUAGCUGUUAGACCAAGGGUACAAUUCCUACUCCGGACAAAUAUUAGUGUGGCCAAUAGGUUUGUUUACUUUGGCUCUAUGUUUACUAUAUAAUCUGUAUAUAAAAAAAAAGUAUCUAAAUCAGUCUUUGGUUUUCAUGUAUAGGAAAUUCUAUUUUAGGGCGAUUUGAUCGUGGGAUUUCUGCCAGAUUAUUUAAUUGCUAUUUAUUUUCAUAUGAGAAGAAAAGUACUGUUGCUAAAUGUUUUAAUGGUGUUACCUUUUCCUCUAUAAAUAAACUGCAGAUAUUUAUCAAUUAUUAUCACUAUUAAUGUAUAUAAGUGUUCUUAUAAACUCUUCACGAUUGACAUAAUAUAAUCUAUACAUAUAAAUAAAAUUGGAGUGUCUGUUUAGAAUAUUGAAACAACCGCUUUUUACUACAUGCAUAGGAAUAUGCGGUACGUACACCAAAAUAACAUUUUUUACAAUUUUUGUCUAUCUGUUUGUUCCGGCUAAUCUCUGGAACGGCUGGACCGAUUUUGACGAGACUUUCACUGAUAAGUAGCUGAUGAUAUAAGGAGUUAUUUGGCUUCUUUUUUUAGACUAGCUUCGCCCCGCGGCGUCACUCGUGGUACGGCAAUAACCGCGGGUAACAUCGCGGGGCUGAGUCCCGUGAUAGUAUACUAUAAAGUCGCUUUACUGCAUCCGCGAGUAAAUCAAAUAUUUUUAUGGUUUAUAUUGUGGUGUAUCAUAAUUUUUUAAUAUUUUAAAUAUUGAUAUUAAUAUUUUAUAUAUUGAUUGCAAUAGAACUUUCAUGCUCAGUAUUAUUUAAAUUUUUAUUUGAUGUGUACGAUUAUUAACGAAAGUGACUUUAGCUGUGUUCGGAGGAACUGUGAUUGUAAAUUAAAAGUUUUAAUUACAA